AACCAACCAUGGCAAAUGAAGCGCAAGCUGACAACUCUCAAGGAAGCUCAUGAAUUUGUGGAUAAAUUUGAAGGUUCCCUUGGGAAGGGAAAAGGCAAAAAAUUUUAUGCAUACAAAGUGAUGAUGCAAAAGAAAUGGAUGAAGUUUCAGCGUGAUUUUGAGAACUUCAGAACAGCCUGCAUACCAUGGGAAAUGAAAAUAAAGGAGAUAGAAAGUCAUUUUGGUUCCUCAGUUGCCUCCUAUUUCAUUUUCUUGAGGUGGAUGUAUGGAAUCAAUAUGGUUUUGUUUGGUUUAACAUUUGGCCUUGUCAUGGUGCCUGAGGCACUGAUGGGUAAACCGUAUGGCAGUAUGCCAAGAAAAACUGUCCCUAAAAGUGAAGAAGCCACAGCUAUGGACUUUUCCAUUUUAUGGGAUUUUGGGGGUUUUUCACAGUACUCUGUCCUGUUCUAUGGCUAUUACAACAACCAACGUGCUAUUGGAUGGCUUAAGUUUCGUAUGCCUUUGUCCUACUUUAUGACAGGAGUUGGAACAAUUGCCUAUAGCUUCAUGGUGGUUAUAAGAACAAUGGCAAAUAAUGCAAAUGAAGAGGGUGGUGGAGAUGACACAAGCUUUACCUUCAGCUGGAAAAUGUUCACCAGCUGGGAUUACUUAAUUGGGAAUCCUGAAACAGCUGACAACAAAUUUGCUUCUAUUACCACAAGUUUUAAGGAAUCUAUUGUGGAAGAGCAGGAAAAUCGGAAGGAAGAGAACAUUCAUUUGACCCGGUUCCUGCGGGUGCUUGCUAACUUCCUAGUACUCUGCUGCCUUGGUGGGAGUGGGUACCUCAUCUAUUUUGUAGUGCGAAGGUCUCAGAAGUUUGCUCAGGAGGGGUUGGAUGACUAUGGUUGGUGGGAGAGAAAUGAAGUAAACAUGGUGAUGUCCUUGUUGGGAAUGUUCUGUCCGAUGUUGUUCGAUGUCAUCAGUGCGUUGGAGAACUAUCACCCUCGAAUCGCUCUUCAGUGGCAGCUGGGCCGCAUCUUUGCUCUGUUUCUGGGCAAUCUGUACACAUUCAUCAUUGCUCUCCUUGAUGAAAUAAAUCUGAAGUUGGAAGAGGAGGCGAUAGUCAGGAUCAAUAUGACAAUAUGGGAGGCCAGCCUUUACAAUGGAACUGUGGCAGAAAAUGCUACGGCUCCCCCACUAGAAGUGGACCCUGCUGUUGUGCCUAGAGGACCAUGCUGGGAGACUAUGGUUGGACAGGAAUUUGUGCGGCUAACUGUUUCUGAUACAGUGACAACAUAUAUAACACUGUUGGUUGGAGACUUCCUGCGGGCUGUAUUUGUUCGAUUUCUCAACUACUGCUGGUGCUGGGACUUGGAAUAUGGAUUUCCAUCCUAUGCAGAAUUCGAUAUCAGUGGAAAUGUGCUGGGACUGAUCUUCAACCAAGGAAUGAUUUGGAUGGGUGCCUUUUAUGCUCCGUGCCUUCCAGCCAUCAAUGUCAUUCGUCUUCAUGUAUCCAUGUAUCUGCAGUGCUGGGCAGUAAUGUGCUGUAAUGUUCCUCAUGCGAGGGUGUUCAAGGCCUCUGGAUCCAAUAACUUCUAUAUAGCCAUGCUGCUUGUUAUUCUCUUUCUUUCAACAUUACCUGCAGUGUAUACCAUUGUCUCGAUACCACCCUCUUUUGACUGUGGCCCCUUUAGUGGAAAACACAGGAUGUUUGAUGUCAUCCAAGAGACACUGGAUAAUGACUUCCCUGCCUGGUUUGGAAAAGUGUUUGGCUAUGCCUCCAAUCCCGGACUAAUUCUUUCUUUUAUAUUGCUCAUGGUUUUAGCAAUCUAUUAUCUGAAUGCUACCUCCAAGUCAUACAAGACUGCCAAUCUUGAAUUAAAGAAGAAACUGCAAAAUCAAAAAGAGGAGAGUAAAAAGAAGAACAAAAAGGUAGCGGAAAAGACUGCAGCUGAUUUACAAGAAGCUAAGAGUAGUCUUCUCAAACAAGACAACAGCACAAAAGAAAAUACAUCUGUAACCCCCUAUCCAUUCAAGCAGUUGGAAGAGCCGGGGGCAGAGAAUCAGAGAGGAACCAGCCUGGGCAGAAUGACGGACACCUGUACCCCCCCAGUGGGAGAGGAAUGCGCCCGGGAGGCCCGCCUCCUCCCCGGAUAG